GAGCUUAGUGGCAAGGCAGCAGUGCCGCUGACACGAGUGAAGGGAGCCCGUGGCUGUUUCCACCUCUUCUAUCACAGCUCGCCCUGCGCCUUUUGAGACGGACUUAGACAUCGGGACUAGAAGUUACACACCAACCGCUUUGGUCUUGGACACGUUUGAUUAGCCAGCAGAUCCUGUUGUGGAGGACGUGUUGGGGGGGUUCUCGUUUCAUCCACCGUGGACGGAGGAGUUUUGUGUGUUUAUGUGUAUUACGCGUUGCCUGUAAUGGGUAAAAGUGGACAGAGAAGUGGAAUAGUACUCGGGGGCUCCAGCCUGGUGAGAAUGAGCGCCACGCCGAGGAUCCUGAUUGUCCUGGUGCUAAUACACGCAGGAGUCGCUCAAGUGAGAGAUGACGAGGAUUUCCUGAGUCUGAGUGAGCUCCCAGAAACCUUCCCUUCUGACCCACCAGAACCCUUACCUCACUUCCUGUUUGAACCUGAGGAAGGCUACAUUGUCAAGAAUAAGCCCGUCAAUCUCUACUGCAAAGCAACACCUGCCACACAGAUUUACUUCAAGUGCAACAGCGAGUGGGUCCAUCAGAAAGACCACACUGUGGAGGAAAGGGUUGACGAAAACUCGGGUCUGGUGGUGAGAGAAGCCAGCAUAGAAAUAACACGGCAGCAAGUGGAGGAGCUGUUUGGGCCUGAAGAUUACUGGUGUCAGUGCGUGGCCUGGAGCUCCGCUGGAACCACCAAAAGCCGCAAGGCACAUGUCCGGAUUGCAUACCUGAAGAAGUCAUUUGAACAAGAACCCCUGGGAAAAGAAGUAUCUCUGGAGCAGGAAGUUCUGUUACAGUGUCGCCCUCCGGAGGGCAUCCCAGCUGCUGAGGUGGAGUGGUUAAAGAAUGAAGAGGUAAUCGACCCGGCGGAGGACAGAAACUUCUAUAUCACUAUUGACCACAACCUGAUCAUCAAGCAGGCGCGUCUCUCUGACACAGCCAACUACACGUGUGUGGCCAAGAAUAUAGUGGCCAAAAGACGAAGCACUACAGCGACCGUUAUUGUUUAUGUGAAUGGGGGCUGGUCGACAUGGACAGAGUGGUCUCCGUGUAACAGCCGUUGUGGAAGAGGUUUCCAGAAAAGAACCAGGAGCUGCACUAACCCUGCCCCUCUCAAUGGAGGACUGCCUUGUGAUGGACAGGCUAUACACAAACUGCCCUGCACCACACUGUGCACUGUGGAUGGUGUCUGGACAGAAUGGAGCAAGUGGUCAGCCUGUGGAACAGAGUGUACACAGUGGAGGAGGAGGGAGUGCAACAAUCCAGCUCCCAAGAAUGGUGGAAAGGACUGCGAGGGUCUCGUCCUCCAGUCUCAAAACUGUACUGAUGGACUCUGUAUGCAAAGUUCAUUGUUUCAGAAGUCCACUGAGUCCAAAGAAAAGAAUGAAUUGGGAAUUCCAUCUGCUCCAAGUACAGAUGAUGUGGCGCUCUAUGUGGGGGUAGUGAUCGCAGUGAUUAUGUGCCUGGUCAUCUCCGUCAUCGUGGCACUCUUUGUCUAUCGCAAGACGCACCGCGACUUUGACUCUGACAUCAUUGACACAUCGGCACUAAAUGGAGGCUUCCAGUCUGUUAAUAUCAAGACAGCCAGAUCAGCUGAUUUGCUGACUGCUCCGCCAGACUUGACAAAUGCAGCUGCCAUGUAUCGGGGUCCAGUGUAUGCUCUUCACGAUGUGUCAGACAAAAUUCCAAUGACCAACUCUCCUCUCCUGGAUCCUCUUCCCAACUUGAAGAUCAAAGUGUACAACUCUUCUGGACUGGUCACACCUCAGGAUGACCUCGGAGGAGACUUCACGUCUAAACUGUCUCCUAAGGUAACUCAGUCCCUGUUGGAUAACAGUGACACCAUGAACCUUCGCAAUCAGAGCUUGGCCCGAACACGAGAUCCUUCCUGUACUGCUCAUGGAUCCUUCAACAGCCAAGGAGGACACCUCAUUGUACCCAACUCUGGAGUCAGUUUGUUGGUUCCAGCGGGUGCUGUUCCUCAGGGCAGGGUGUAUGAAAUGUAUGUGACUGUGCACAGGAAGGAUAGCUUGAGACCCCCAGUAGAGGACAUCCAGACAGUUCUUAGCCCAGUGGUGAGCUGUGGACCUCCAGGAGCCCUGCUGACCAGACCAGUGAUCCUCACCAUCCACCACUGCGCUGACAAUGUCCAGGAAGACUGGCUCAUACAGCUGAAGAAUCAGCUGGCCAUGGGAGAAUGGGAGGAUGUGGUUGUAGUGGGAGAGGAAAACUUCACCACCCCCUGCUAUGUGCAGAUGGACUCAGAGGCAUGCCACAUUCUGACAGAGACACUGGGGACGUACUGCCUGGUGGGCCAGUCAAUUGGCAAAGCAGCUGCCAAGAGGCUCAAGCUGGCUGUUUUUGGGCCCGUUUCCUGCACGACUUUGGACUAUCACAUCAGGGUCUAUUGUCUGGAUGAUACUCAAGAUGCACUCAAGGAGGUUCUUCAGAUGGAGACCCAGAUGGGAGGAAAGCUUCUGGAUGAGCCAAAGACGCUGAACUUUAAGGACAGCACACAUAAUCUGAGGCUGUCCAUCCAUGACGUGCCAAGCACACAUUGGAAGAGCAAACUCAUUGCAAAAUAUCAGGAGAUCCCAUUCUACCAGGUUUGGAGUGGCAGUCAGAGAACUCUUCACUGUACCUUCACCCUGGAGAGAUUAAGCCCAGCCACCACAGACAUCAGCUGCAAACUGUGUGUACGGCAGGUAGAAGGAGAAGGACAGAUCUUUCAGCUCAGCAACACAUUGGAGGAGGAGGUCCACUGUAUAGACACAUCCCUGAUGGACCCUGCCAGUAAUAUUACAACUUUAGUGGGGCCCAAUGCCUUUCGGAUUCCUUUAUCCAUCAGACAGAAGUUGUGUGGAAGCCUGGAUGCACCACAGACCAGAGGCAAUGACUGGAGGAUGCUGGCCCACAAACUCAACCUUGACAGAUACCUGAACUACUUUGCCACCAAGUCCAGUCCAACAGGCGUAAUCCUGGAUCUCUGGGAGGCCCAACAUUUCCCUGAUGGAGACCUAAAUGAACUGGCCACUGUGCUGGAAGAAAUGGGUCGCCACGACAGUAGCCUUGCCUCCAUGACAGCGGAACAUUGACGAAACACUGCAGUUACCAUGACAAUGGCAGAGCUCUGGAGAUGAUUACGCGUGAAGUCUCGAUGGUUGAUCCUGCAGCGAGGGCAACAAACCAAUUAGCAACAGAAAAGUUGCCACCGUGGUGACUGAGCACCGGUUAAAUACCAUGGUAAUCAUGCCGACAUGGUAACAGAUAGGAGAGGCACCUUAACUGGUGCUGGAACUAUCUAUGUAUCUUUGUAUGUGUAUUUGCGAGAUGUUGCAGUGUCGUAUGUGACCGAAAGAGAGAUAACCCUACCUAUCUAUCAGGAACACCGAAAAAUAUACACACGCCUACAAAAAAAAAAGAAAAAGAACAAAAAAAGAGCUUGUCCAUAGUAACACCAGUUGUUCUCUUGUUGUUACUUUAAUAUUGAACAAGGAGAAGCAAAGAACAAGAAGCAGCAGAGAGGUACUGACCUUGGAAACCUCUGUAGGAAUGGAACAGAAUCAUAAAGGGAGAGAAGGUAAACUGAUUACAGAAGAGUGGGAGAAGGUAGAGUGAGGAAACGGAGAGAGUGAGUUAGGGACUCUUAAGAAAGAUGGGCGCAAACACAGAGCGAAGCUAAACUGAUUACAAAAGAGAGGGAGGACAUAAACAUAAAAUGAUGGAAGCGAUGGCAGGUGAUCAUCUGAACGGAAAACAGAUAAUGAGAAAGGGGGAUAAAGAAGUGACUCUUCUCUUGUGAGCCUCGGCUGUACGUGUUUGCCAGUACAGUUUGUCGUCUUUAUAUCGUUUCUUAGGGAACGCUCUAUGAAUUCUGCUGUCCAUAUGUGUGGAUCAUUUCCUGAUACAAGAAUGAGUACAAAGUGACUGUCAAUCAAGGGUCCUGACCAGAAACAAGCCCGAGACAACAACAACUGUCCCCUUUGGGUUAUUAUCAUAAUGAUGGUUCCAAUUUGAUGUUGAUUAAGAUUAAGGCUUUUUUCAAAAAUACCAUCAAAAUCUUUCAGGUCAGAGAAAAAUGAACACAAAAGCAAUUUAACUUGCUUCCAAUGCCUCUAAUGGUUUUUUUUUUCUUUUUUUUUUUUCAAAAAGCCAGUCCAAAGAUAAUUAUGCUGCUGAAGGAUGCAAGAAGAACCUUUUUUUUCCUUUAAAAUAAUCUUUUUUAAGAUUUCAAGAUUUCAUUUAUGAUAAUCAUGUAAUGAUUAUUAGGUAAAGUUCAUCAUCAUGCACAGUACAUUGCAGUAAAGCAUCUAAGACUUUUAUUUUGAAAGAAUCAUUGCUUUUUCACAUUUUUAAAAAAAUAAAUAAAUACAUUAAAAAAAAAAAAAAAACACGAUCCAGACAGGAAAAAGCCACAGGAACGGCAAUCUCAAAACUACAAGUGCAUCUCAAACCACUGAGAGUCUCAACAUAAUAUCUGCACUAAUGCUGCUUCUCUAUUACUUAACAACCAGCAGUUUAGUUGACCACAACCUCAAACCCAGAAGUGUCUCUUUUAGACUGUUGGGGCUUCUUUCUGGACAGACGGACAAAGCAAAAAAAAGGGGGGGCGGGGAUGGAAAACAUAACUUGAUUUGAAUGCAGGAAUUAUAUGACAGUGAAUUAAAUGCAGCUCAUCUACUACUAAUAUACCGAUUUUAAUCAAUUAUAUUCCAGUUUCCUUCAGCUGUGUUAUCUGCCAUCAGGCCACAUGUGGCAUUUCAUUUGUGAUCGUCGCCAUGACUUUGCUGGUCACUAGCACCAUCCAGUGGCCUUUGAUAAAUAAGAGCAUUUUAAGUGUUUUCAUUUUUAUUUUAUUUUGUGUAAAUACAUGAUUAUCAUUAUGUUCAUUCUAAAGACCUUUUAUUACCAUAUAUUUUUCUUCAUUGCUCAUUAUUAUUUACAUAAACUUUUUUUUGCCAGCUUUAUUGUGUUUAUGUGUGACACUUAUGAGGGGAAUCUGCAUCAGUUACUUAGCAGCUAACAUUCCAGUCAUGGUGUAUGUAUGACAAAGUUGCAAUUUACAGGUAAAAAUCAUAUAAAGGGAGAUAUGUAACAUGAAGUGUAAUAUAUUUGUGUUUGCAGAACAACUUGCAUAAUUACAAUUGGCCCUGAGAGGGGAAAAUUUCAAAAACUGGAGUUCGGUAUUUCCGUUUUGAAUUAUGGAGAGACGCCAUAUGAAACUGAACAUCAGGUAUAGAGAGGAGACAAAAAGGGAGGCAGAGGUCAAGUUUAACACUGGUACAAAAGGUCAAGUAUUUACCUUGGUCAUGACAGAUUUUAUCUUAUAGCUGCCCGCUCAGGAGGAAACCUUGAGAUAUUGAUUUUCCACAAAGAUUUUCCUUUCUUUGUACAGUUGUUCAAAUAUGUGCGACUUUAAGAUUCAGACCUCUUGUAUCGGUGUAAAACCAGCUGUAAAAGUACGUGUGGUUUGAUUUUGCGUAGCUCACAGCAGGAAAGGUGUACGGUUAACUGACAGAGUGGAUGUUUUGUAUGUUUUCAAAUGUAAUUGGUGAUGUCAUAUGUGAGGAAGUAAAAGGGAUGGGAAACCUUAUGAGGAUAAAAGCCUAAAAUAUUUUAGUCAUCAGCUGAAACAAACAUGAACCCAAAGGUCAUGACAAUGCCUCUUUUAUACAAUUUGAUCAUCGACAUCACUGACAACUUUAAAGGCUGAAAUCAGUCAUACAACAUCUAUUUUUUUGAAUUACGACAUUAGGAAUUGUUUAAAAAAAUUAAAAUAGCAUAGCUCCACCUCAGAUUUCAAGUGUACAGUUUACCAGGAGAAUGGAUUUUCUGUUAAAAAAGCAAAAGCGAGACAAGGGAGGUUUUCAUGAGGAGAGCACGUGUAGGCCUCCAGGAGAUGAUCCUUCAUGAUGUGAAAAUGAAGAAAGUAGUAUUAAGAUAUCAAAGUAUGUAAAAAAAAAAAAAAUAUUUUCUAUUUCCAGUGUGUACAGUUGUGUACUGUCAGCUAUAUUUGGCAAAUUUCUGAAUAUGAAAAAGCAGUACAGUUAAUAGUUUGUAUGUUUGAUUUUUUUUAAUUUAAGUUUUUCUUUUUUUCCUUUUUUGUAAAAGCAGUGUCUACUAUGCAAACUUGGCAUUGGUUAUCAUGAUAGAAGUCUUUAUCUAGAGCUGUCCUUGUAAGUGCACUCCUGGUUUUACUAUCGGGAGUGAUUUGAUUUGAUUAGUGUGGGAUAGUGUUGGUCCAUUUUAGCUAAUUCUGGCACGCUUCAUGAGUCUUGCUCAAUCUUGCUGAAUGCUUGCCUCUCUAUCUCCUCUAAUUGUUCUCUGUACAAAGUGUAAGAAAGAAUUUUUAAGACAAUUAAUAAAUUAUAUUUAUAAGCAA